AGGAUGGAAACUGGCUACACUGCUCCUGAGAUCUUCUUCUUGGUGACCCUUGGGAUCAUCAGUGUCCUCGGCAUCAUGGGAAAUGGGCUUGUGAUCUGGGUGGCUGGAUUCCGGAUGGCACUCACAGUCACCACCUUGUGCUACCUGAACCUGGCCUUAGCCGACUUCUUCUUCAGCGCCACUCUGCCAUUCUUCAUGGUUGUACUGUCUAUGCAGGCAAAAUGGCCUUAUGGCCCGUUCCUGUGCAAGUUACUUAACAUUAUGGCAGAUACAAACCUUUUUGCAAGUGUCUUCCUCAUUGCUUUCAUUGCUCUGGACCGCUGUAUCUGUGUCCUGCAUCCGGUCUGGGCCCAGAACCACCGCACUCUAAGUCUGGCUAAAAAAGUGAUCAUUGUACCCUGGAUUCUUGCUCUACUCCUUAACUUGCCAGUUCUCAUCUUCUUUACUACAGAAACAGAUGAGAACGGGGACACACACUGUCAUUUCAACACUAACUUCUGGGGUAACAUCACUGAAGAAGAGAAGUUGCAGAGGACCGUUACCUCAGUAGCAAUCAUAGGGAUCAACCGGUUUGUCAUUGGCUUCACUCUACCGAUGUCCAUCAUCGCCAUCUGCUAUGGGCUCAUUGCAGCCAAACUCCGAAACAAGAGCAUGAUUAAGUCCCGCCAUCCUUUACGGGUCCUCACUGCUGUCGCAGCUUCCUUUUUCAUUUGCUGCUGCCUCAACCCAAUGCUCUACGUCUUCCUGGGGAGAGACUUCCGAAAGAAACUGAUCCACUCCCUGCCUGCCAGUCUGGAGAGGGCCCUGACUGAGGACUCAGCCCCAACCAAUGACACAACCACCAAAUCGGCUUCACCUCCUACAGAGGCCCAAUUACAGGAGAUGUGAGGGGCCUGGGAUCAUUUAUGAGCUUUGCCUGCUCCUGUCCUGUUCCCUCUUCCAGCUUCAUCUUACCUUAGGUCAUACUGAGCGUUCGGUAAAAUUUCCCUGGCCAGGAGACUGUAGAAAGAGACUGAGAGCCCCAUUAUUACACUCAGAGUUUCUUAAGGGAACAUACACACAAGGCUCAGCUUGGGAGGUAACAAGAUGACACGGAUGUCCUCCCUGCCACAGGGCAGGUGAUAAGGAGUUUAUAGGACAGGGAAGAUGGAUGGAGGUACUGGAGAAUGACCCACCUCAGAUAAGAAGAAAAUGCCCAUAUACUUGCACAAAACACAGUGAGGGGCCAGCCGAGGAACAAG